AGCUUCGCUACACAUCGGUGGACUGGACACAAACUUCACCGACCACUUCUCCAAUAUUAUUUUUUUCAUGGUGCUGAUGAGGAAGUGACUGCAGCUCUGCCUCCAAUAUGAGUCAGCAUGGAGCCUCUGCUGGUGGCCAUGGACAUUCAAGGCCAGUGGAUGAGAGGCCAGACUCCCCUGCACCCAGCUGUGUGUCCAUGAAGAGCCAUCAGUCAAAGGAUGAGGAUCCCAACUUCAGAGAGGGAGGCAGUCAUCCUGAAGCCAGGCCAGUGGAUAAGAGGACACACUCCCCUGCACCCAGCUGUGUGUCCAUGAAGAGCGACAACUCCAAGGGUGGUGUUCCCAACUUCAGAGAGGGAGGCAGUCAUCCUGAAGCCAGGCCAGACUCCCCUGCACCCAGCUGUGUGUCCAUGAAGAGUGACAACUCCAAGGGUGAGGUCCCCAACUUCAGAGAGGGAGGCAGUCAUCCUGAUCCUAGCAUCCAACAGGAAGAACAAACAAUUCAUCCGACCCUCAGCAAAGUCUAUCAAAAAGACCUGUCUACAUUAUUCAAGAAGCUUGAGGAAAAAGUCAUGACCUUCAUGAAGACGGAACUGAAGAGACUCAAGAAGCUCCUGAGUCAUGAUUACCCAGAAUCCCCUUGUGAUGAAGAGGAGGAUGAGGAGGACCAGAGAGAUGCCAGAGAUGGAGCUCUGAAGAUUGCAGUGCACAUCCUGAGGAACAUGAGUCAGGAGAUCCUCGCUCAGCAGCUGGAGAAAUAUGGACGGCUUCCUAGAUGUCAACAAGAGCUCAAAUAUAGGCUAGCAAGGAAGUGUCAGAGUGUAUGCGAAGGCAUCCCAAAGCAGGGAAAGUCUACUUUUCUGGAGAAGAUCUACACAGAGAUCUACAUCACAGAAGGGGAAAGUGUAGAGGUAAAUACUGAACAUGAAGUCAGACAGAUUGAGAUGGUAUCCAAGAGUCAAGUAUCAAAGGAGGAAAAAGCAAUCAAAUAUACGGACAUCUUCAAGCCCUUACCUGGACAGGACAAAACCAUCAGAACUGUGCUUACAAAGGGAGUGGCUGGCAUUGGAAAAACAGUCUCUGUGCAGAAGUUCAUUCUGGACUGGACUGAAGGCAAAGCAAAUCAAAAUAUCCAUUUCAUAUUUCCUCUUCCUUUUCGGGAGUUGAAUCUGAUGAAAGACAAAAACUUCACCCUUUUGGACUUCAUUCAUCAUUUCUUCACUGAAACAAAAGACUUUGCCUUCUCCAACAAGGACCGAUACAACAUUGCAUUUAUCUUUGAUGGUCUGGACGAAAGCAGACUUCCUCUGGAUUUCCAGCACAAUGCAUGCAUCUACAGCAUAACAGAAUCUGCCUCAGUGGAUGUCCUUCUCACAAACCUGAUCCAGGGGAAUCUGCUUCCCUCUGCUCUUGUUUGGAUCACCUCCCGACCAGCAGCAGCCAAUCAAAUUCCUCCAGAGUAUGUGAAUCAGGUAACAGAAGUCCGGGGUUUCAGUGACCCACAGAAGGAGGAGUACUUCAGGAAGAAAAUCACAAAAGAGGAACUGGCAAACAGAAUCAUCACACACCUGAAGUCAUCCCGGAGCCUCUACAUCAUGUGCCACAUUCCAGUCUUCUGUUGGAUGGCAGCCACUGUUCUGGAGAGCAUCAUGACUGAAGCAGAGAGUGGAGAGAUUCCAAACUCUUUGACUCAAAUGUACACACACUUCCUGGUCAUACAAUCCAAACAUAGGAGUCAGAAGUAUGAAAACAUGUGGAACCAGAAGACCAUUCUGUCACUGGGGAAACUGGCUUUUCAACAGCUGGAGAAGGGCAAUCUGAUCUUCUAUGAUAAAGACCUGAGAGAGUGUGGCAUAGAUGUCAGACAAGCAUCAGUGUACUCAGGAGUGUGCACUCAGAUCUUCAGAGAGGAGGCUGGGCUGUACCAGGGGAAAGUGUUCUGCUUUGUUCAUCUGAGCAUUCAGGAGUUUCUAGCAGCUCUAUAUGUGUUCCUCACAUUCCAGAACACAGGGAUCAAUAUACUGGAUCAGCAGCCAAGAGUUGUUUUUUCUUUUCUGAAGAAAAAGAAUGAAAACAUCAAUGACCUAUACCAGACUGCAGUGGAUCUAGCAUUAAACAGUGAGCAUGGACACCUGGAUCUUUUCCUGAGGUUUCUUUUGGGCCUCUCAUUGGAGUCCAAUCAGAAAUACUUACAUGACCUGCAGCCCAGGGCAGGAAGCAGCUCAUUACACACAGAGGAAACAGUCAAGUACAUCAAGGAGAAGAUCAGAGAAACCACCACCCCAGAGAGAUGCAUCAACCUGUUCCACUGUCUGAAUGAACUGAAUGACCACUCUCUGGUGGAGGAGGUCCAGGGCUACUUGAGGAAGGACAACAAAUCCAGAGAGGAUCUCUCUCUUUCCCAGCUGUCAGCUCUGGCUUUUGUGCUGCUGAUGUCAGACCAGGAACUGGAGGAGUUUAACCUGCAGGAUUAUGGGGGACCUGUUUCACCUGCCAGAUCAGAUGCAGGUCUGCUGAGGAUGCUGCCAGUGGUCAAAACAUCUAAAAGAGUCAAGCUGAGGGGUUGUUCCCUUACAGUGGAGAGCUGUGCAGCUUUAUCUUCAGCUCUCAGAUCAAACUCUUCCAGUCUGAGACAGCUGAACCUGAGUGGCAAUAAUGUGGGAGAUUCAGGAGUGGAGCUGCUUUCUACUGGUCUGGAGCAUCCAAACUGUAGACUGGAGACACUGCAGCUGUGGGGUUGUUCCCUCACAGUGAAGAGCUGUGCAGCUUUAUCUUCAGCUCUCAGAUCAAACUCUUCCAUUCUGAGACAGCUGGACCUGAGUGACAAUAAUGUGGGAGAUUCAGGAGUGGAGCUGCUUUCUACUGGUCUGGAGCAUCCAAACUGUAGACUGGAGACACUGGAGCUGAGGGGUUGUUCCCUCACAGUGAAGAGCUGUGCAGCUUUAUCUUCAGCUCUCAGAUCAAACUCUUCCAGUCUGAGACAGCUGAACCUGAGUAGGAAUAAUGUGGGAGAUUCAGGAGUGGAGCUGCUUUCUACUGGUCUGGAGCAUCCAAACUGUAGACUGGAGACACUGGAGCUGCAGUUCUGUAAGCUCACAGAGAGGAGCUGUUCAUCUCUAGCUGCAGCUCUCAGAUCAAACCCCUCCAGUCUGAGACAGCUGGACCUGAGAGACAACAAACUGCAGCAGUCUGGAGUGGAGCUGCUCUCUGCUCUACAGAGAGACCCCACAUAUAAACUGACUGAACUACAGCAUGGAAAUAGAUCCAUCAGUCAUCCAUCAGUGUGAUGGAACACAGCUGCUGCAGAUGCUGCAUCAGUCAUCCAUCAGUGUGAUGGAGCACAGCUGCUGCAGAUGCUGCAGUUUCCAGACACUCAGGACCAGAUGAUCCUCCAACUGCUCCACUCAUCAUGUGGGUCAACUGCUCACUGCUACACUUUAAAGGGGCAGUUUUGUAUUAUAAUAUAUAAUCAAAACCUAUGAUGAAACCAAUAUUUAAAAGUGAUAAAUUAGUGUGUGCUCUGAUUUAAUGUAAUAUGUGAAUAAAAUGUGCUACCCUACAGUGUUGAUGAGUGCCAUCACUGACUACUUCCAAAGCCCUGCACACUCCUCCUCUCUAGAUCAAGCACCUACAGAUGCACUAUGGAAUCCCCUCUAGUUAACAUACCAGUCUGCUAUAGCUGGGCACACAGCUACA